UCCACUAAUUUGUACAUCUGCUCUACCCCAGCGACGACGCUUGGUUGCGAGUCCAUGCAGUACAGAAUACAAUAGAUACUGAUAUAGCAGCAGGACGAGUCAAAGGGAAGAUGGAACACAGAGGCACAGACUUCAGUAUAUUGCUAGCUACGGAUUCCUACAAGGUGACUCACUAUAAGCAGUACCCUCCCAACACAAGCAAAGUAUAUUCCUACUUUGAGUGCCGUGAAACAAAGACUGAGAAUUCCAAGGCCAGGAAGGUGAAAUAUGAGAAAACAGUAUUUUAUGGCUUGCAGUAUAUUCUGAAUAAAUACUUAAAAGGCAAGGUGGUGACUCUGGAAAAAAUACAGGAAGCCAAGGAGGUUUACAGAGAACAUUUUCAAGAUGAUGUUUUUAAUACAAAAGGAUGGAACUACAUUCUAGAGAAAUAUGAUGGUCAUCUCCCCAUCGAAAUAAAGGCUGUCCCUGAGGGCAGUGUUAUUCCAAGAGGAAACGUGCUCUUCACUGUUGAGAGUACUGAUCCUGAAUGCUACUGGUUGACCAACUGGGUCGAGACUAUCCUUGUCCAAGUCUGGUAUCCAGUCACUGUUGCUACCAACUCCAGGGAGCAGAAAAAAAUUUUGGCCAAAUAUUUGAUGGAAACAUCUGGGAACUUGGAACGUCUAGAAUACAAGCUGCAUGACUUUGGAUACAGAGGAGUCUCCUCACAAGAGACCGCUGGUAUAGGUGCAUCGGCUCACUUGGUUAACUUCAAAGGAACAGACACUGUAGCAGGGAUUGGUGUUAUUAAGAAAUACUACGGGACCAAGGACCCAGUGCCAGGAUAUUCUGUUCCUGCAGCAGAACACAGUACUAUUACAGCCUGGGGAAAGGAUUAUGAAAAAGAUGCAUUUGAGCACAUUGUAAAGCAGUUCCCUUCAGUGCCGGUAUCAAUAGUCAGUGACAGCUAUGACAUUUACAAUGCCUGUGAAAAGAUAUGGGGUGAAGACUUGAGGAGCUUAAUCGAGAUCCGCAGUGCUGAUGCUCCUCUUAUUGUCAGACCAGACUCAGGAAAUCCACUGGAUACAGUACUGAAGGUGCUGGAGAUCUUGGGAAAGAAGUUUACUCCCACAGAAAACAGUAAGGGGUUUAAGGUGCUACCCCCUUACAUCAGAGUUAUCCAGGGAGAUGGUGUGGACAUCAAUACUUUGCAGGAGAUUGUAGAAGGCAUGAAGGAACACAAAUGGAGUAUUGAAAACAUUUCCUUUGGUUCGGGUGGAGCCUUACUGCAGAAAUUAACCAGAGAUCUCCUAAACUGCUCUUUCAAGUGCAGUUACGUGGUAACCAAUGGCCUGGGGGUAAACGUGUUCAAGGAUCCAGUGGCAGAUCCAAAUAAAAGGUCAAAGAAAGGUCGCCUGUCUUUGCACAAAACACCCAGUGGGGAGUAUGUUACUCUUGAAGAGGGCAAGGGAGAUUUGGAAGAAUACGGUGUGGAUCUGCUUCACACAGUUUUCAAAAAUGGCACGAUAAUUAAGACGUACACCUUUGAUGAAGUGAGAGAAAAUGCCAAAUUGAAGGAGACUGAACUGGAAGAACUGCUUCACUAAUUUGAGGUGGUGUAUAUGUAUCAAAGCCUGUGAAAUAGUGUCCAAAUACACCCACCCUCCAUUGAGCACCAUCCUUGGAAACCAAUCUUUCUGCGAAUAAUAUUUAUGGAGGUUUUAAUUCCUUUUAUGACCCUUUUGGGGGGCCAAGGUGGCACAAAAAGGCCUAACAAUGAGGGUAGAGUGUAAUCGGCUUUUUUUGUACAGGUCUGUAAUGUUUUAAAUUUCAGAAUCUACCAAACAUUGUUGUACUGUUAAAGAUGGGAAAAGUAAAGACCAAGAGCAUAUUGCCAUGCUUUAAACUAAUGCAGUUUAUAUUGUAUAUAGUUCCAAAGGUUGCACCGACAAUACUAAUUUUAAAAUGACUGGUAAAUGUAUACUUAUGCAAGUUUCUCAGAGUCAACACUUUGUUCAGCUGUAGCAUAAUCGAUAAAUGUUGCUGAAUGUGAAAGCAGUGUAUGCUGACAGUUCACUUGUUGUUCAGAACUAGAUUUGUUUUAAACAAAUAGGUGUUUGAUUGGAAAAUGCACUUUUUAUUUGUUACCUUUUUUAUGUUUUCAGGUGCCUUUGCCUUUUGUUUCUAAAACAACUCUGUGAAAGCCAAAUGACAGUAUGGCCACUUCUGUAGUAACAAUCGCAAUGCUAGGCGUCUAAUCGCUAUCUUGCUAAAGAAAGAAUAAAAUUAGGCUUCACAAAUCAGUUAUUUUCUGUUUUGUACUACAACAAAAAAAAUUGUUAGGACAUUUGUGGAACAUACUGUAAUUUCAAAAAUAAAGUACUGUAUGCCACCUUUUUAAUCGAAUAAGAAUCAAUUUACAAGAAGCUGAUUUUAACAUUUUAUAUUUAACUAUUCGGUUCAAACUUGUAUCUUUAUGACUUGAAGGUAAAUUGUGUUUGAAAUGUGUUGCAGUAAAUGUAUAAAUCUAUUAUAGCUGUUAUUGUGGCCAAAUUAUAUUACUACUUGAUAGCAUUACCUACAUGGGGAUACAUGCUAUAUAGGAAGACGGACAUUAUUAUUAUUAUUAUUAUUAUUAUUAUUAUUAUUAUUAUUAUUAUUUUAAUCCACAAUUACAAUUUAUUCAGUUUUAUACCAGUUAAGUCAUGAGUUCCCUACAACUGUGUUUAUAUCUAAUCCACUUCCAGUUAAGUGUGGGUGCGCUGCAGAAUGAAUGCUGUAAAAGUCUGUUGAUUUAAGUUGCUUGUAUUGUUUUAUGUACUGAUGUAAUGUUUCCAGAAUUGAUUUCAGACUUUUUGUAUAACCUGCUGUAGCUAUGUUGUCAAUAAUAUUAAAGUGACCACCCUAACUGUUACAUAAAUGUUUGUUUUUCUUGUAACUGUAACAUUAAGGGGACUGUAACACCUUUUAUUGCUGCUGUUGGCACAAUUUACAAUUACAACACAUCAGAAAAGACUUUUAUUUCUACUAGAUUUAUAGUUGAAUCUACUGCUGCCUUUGUGAUUAAACUAUUUCAUUGUUUGAAUACAAUUGUUCUAACAUUUGACCAGAUCUGUGUGUGCUGAAAUAAAAAGCAGCAUCCAUACAA